AUGAAACUUCAACAGACAUCAUAUGUUCAAAAGAUACUUUCCAAGUUCAAUAUGAGUGAAGCUAAGCCUGUUUCUGUGCCUCUAGGUGGUCAUUACAAGUUGUCAAUGGAACAGUGUCCUAGUAAUGAACAAGAAAGAGAAGAUAUGAUUACUGUACCAUAUUCAAGUGCAAUAGGUUUAGUUAUGUAUCUUAUGAUCAGUACAAGGCCAGAUUUGACUUAUGCAGUAAGUGUGCUCAGCAGGUUUAUGUCAAAUCCUGGAAGGAGUCAUUGGGAUGCAGUAAAGUGGCUCUUAAGGUAUUUAAAACUCACUGCAAAUGAAGGAUUGGUGUUUAAAGGCAGCAAGGAUGGAAUAGAAUUGCUUGGCUACACAGAUGCAGACUAUGCUGGAGAUCGAGAUAAGAGAAAUUCAAUCUCAGCAUAUGUAUUCACUGUUUGUGGGAAUUGUGUAAGUUGGAAGUCACAUUUACAAGCCAUAGUAGCUUUGUCUACUCCAAAAGCAGAAUAUAUGGCAAUAACAGAUGCUGCAAAGGAAGCAAUAUGGAUUAAAGGUUUACUGUUAGAACUUAAUAUGUUACACAAGGCUGUCAUACUCUAUUCAGAUAGUUAA